AUGGAGAGUCAGAGCAAGUGGGGAGGCUUAAUGAAUAGAGUGAAGCCAUACUUAGCAAUGAUAUCUUUGCAAUUUGGUUAUGCCGGUAUGUACAUAAUCACCAUGGUGUCUCUUAAGCAUGGCAUGAAUCAUUACAUCCUGGCCGUUUACCGCCAUGCAAUCGCCACGGUCGUCAUGGCUCCGUUUGCUCUAUUUUAUGAAAGGAAAACAAGGCCAAAGAUGACGUUACGAAUAUUCCUUCAAAUUGCGCUGCUUGGAUUCAUUGAGCCGGUGCUGGAUCAGAAUCUCUACUACGUCGGGAUGACUUACACCUCAGCAACUUUCGCAUCUGCUACCGCUAAUGUCCUUCCCGCCAUCACCUUCGUCUUGGCCAUCAUUUUCAGAUUAGAGAGCGUGAACUUUAAGAAGGUACGAAGCAUAGCCAAAGUUGUCGGAACAGUGAUCACAGUCUCCGGAGCACUACUCAUGACUCUCUACAAAGGACCAAUCGUUGACUUCAUAAAAAUCGGUGGUGGAGGAGGCGGCGGUGACGGUGCUGGAGGAUCCCACGGUGGCGCAGUAUCAGCAGCUUUGGACAAACACUGGGUUCCAGGAACUCUAAUGUUGCUGGGAAGAACUUUUGGUUGGGCCGGUUUCUUCAUUCUACAAUCGUUUACACUGAAGGAGUACCCAGCUGAGCUAUCAUUAACGGCGUUAAUUUGUUUAAUGGGAACAUUAGAAGGAACCGCCAUAUCAUUGGUAACGGUACGUGACCUGAGCGCUUGGAAAAUCGGUUUCGACUCCAAUCUCUUCGCCGCUGCUUACUCCGGGGUGAUUUGCUCGGGAGUUGCGUAUUACGUGCAAGGAGUAGUGAUGAGAGAAAGAGGACCAGUUUUCGUUGCGACAUUUAAUCCUCUUUGUGUCGUUAUAACUGCAGCUCUCGGUGUUGUUGUCUUGUCUGAAAGUAUUCAUCUCGGAAGUGUGAUUGGAACGAUAUUUAUCAUUGUGGGUCUAUACACUGUUGUAUGGGGCAAAGGCAAAGACAAGAGAAUGAUGGAUGAUGACGAAAUUAGCAAAGGACUUCCAGUUAAGAGUCCGGUUAAAGUAGUGGACGCCGGUAAAGUCUUAGCCGGAGAACCGGAGAUGAAAUCAAAGGAAGGUCAGGAGACUAAUAAGGCUACUCAAGCUGAGAUUUGA